AUGGCUCUCUGCGUUUGUAAAUGCCUUAAUGUAACUCUACAAAGUGAAAAAAUAGAAGAAAUCACUGAUAUCAACAGACGGGACUUAUCUCCGACGGAACAAAGAGAUACUUUUUUCAAUGAGAAGCUGAUUUCUUGCCAGUUAAGUUCAGUGAGAAGCAAUAUUAUUCAACCUGCACUCAUUGGCGUCCGCUCUGUAGGCCCAUGGUCUUUAGAAUCGUGUUUAGCCUGUGGGCAAACUUUUGUUGCUAAACUACAAGAGAAAGAUCUGGCACUUAUCAAUAAGUCGCUACAGACAACUCAAGAAAACAUCAACAACCUAAAGAAGUUAACAAAUUAUUCCCCCGUUUUCAAUUUAUUGGUACCCGAGCUGAAUGUUGAUAUGAAAGAAAAUAUAGACACAAAUAACCAAUUACUGAGCAACAAAAGCAAUUUGACAUCAAUGGCAGCAAUAGGACUGAGAAAACAGUUAAAUCAGUCGCUUCAAUCACAAUUAGAAGUCAUUGAAGAGAUGGUAAGACAGUACAAAGAGCAAAAGUAUGCAGAGUAUGAAGCUUACAGGGAAAGAGCGCAAAGAGAUCACAAAGUUCUUGCAAGCAUAAUAAACAAAGCACGUACAAACACAGAAAAUGAUGGUUGGGUAAAUAACAACAUCGACAAUGGACCUCCGUCGCCACUUGCUCCUCCCCUACAGAGGAGGAGGCUUUCUUCCCUUAAAGACGCCAAGAAGUUCACGCACAACGUCGUUAAGAGCAAUGCGCAUAUUCAACACGAAGAGGAUUCCUUGGAUGCUGAGGACAUCUUCGAUUUGGAAGGCAUGGACUCCCGGAAUAUGGUGUCGGAUUUCGAUGAUUAUGAUUCCGAUCCCGAGGGCAGCGACGAAGGCAUCCACAUAACCCGACCUCGUGGAGGCGCAGCCGCAAUCGACAUGGCCAGAUCUUUACCUGUCAAUAUGCCAAAUGUUCCCGGCGAAAGGAACACGCAACUGGAUAUCGACGACUAUGAGGAGCCACAAGAUAUAGCUGCUAGCAUCAAAGCCCUGGCUCGCUCGGUCCACGGAGAUGUAUUCGAGCUGCCUAGGCCACGUUUCUCCACUCAAAUCUAG